UAGAAUUACUCUUACACUUCAUAGCCUAAACUAGAAAUAUGAAUUCUAAUCAUCGUCAUGAGAUUAAGCUCCAUAAUGGUGAUAGAGAGUUCACUACCAUAAGUAAUUUAUCAGAAGUAGAUGUAUUCCAAGGUGCCACCAGGAAGUGGAAUAGAGUCAUAAUUCUUUUACAUGGCUUUCCUGAUGAUGUCUCGUCAUUUGAUGAUAUUUGGCCCUAUAUCACAUCAGGGUUCCCCAAUGACAAGUUAUUGGUGUUAUCUCCAUAUAUGAGAGGUUAUGAAAAAUCAAGUCAAGGUUCCUUCAAUGAAUAUAGCUUAAAUCAUUUAGCUAGUGAUGUGGAAGCAUGGAUUUUGAAUAUCAAUGCUGGUAAAGUUCCCGUUCAUUUAAUUGGUCAUGAUUGGGGAGCAUUGGUAUCUUAUAAAGCUGCUGAAUUAUAUCCUGAAUUAAUUACUUCAAUAGUCACAUUGGCUAUUCCUUAUCUUUCUGUAAUUCGGUUAUGGGAAUAUCCCUUAUACGUGCCAGUUCAAAUAUACAAUUCUUCUUAUAUGUUAACUAUGCAAAUUCCUUAUUUAUAUCGCAGCAGACUAGAACAAACGGGUAACAAUACAUAUUUGGAUAAUCUUUGGAAAUAUUGGUCUCCAGGAUGGAAGUUUGGACAAAAUGAAAUUGGACAUGUCAAAGCAACCUUUGGAAAAGAAGGAGUGAUCGAUUCAGCAACAGCAUAUUAUAGAUGCUUGGUCAAACCUUUUAAUAUUCUACAAAUUAAGUGGAAAGUUGAUUUUCAAAAAGUGCCUACUUUAACUAUCGGUGGAGAACAAGAUGGGUGUAUGUCCAAGGGUCUUUAUGAAUUAGUUAAAUGGAAACUUCAAGGUACUGAAAACUUUGGUACAAAACUACUUCCCCAUCUGGGACAUUUCUUACAAAGAGAGCAACCUCAGCAAGUAGCUGAAUUGGCUCUCUCUUGGUUUGAAAGAUUCCCAUAAGUAAUUAUUGUUCUAUUUAAUGCAAAUGUUUUAUUGAUGCUAUUCUAUACAAAUUA